CAUCAGCGCCCUGGACGUCACUCCGCGUUUCUCCGACUGUUUUUCACUGUUUGGACUCCGCGUCUCUAUCUCCUCACCAACAUGAUGACUCCACACCUGCUGUGUGUUUCUCUGCUGCUGUCACUGAUGCGCUCGGCAUCCAGCAGAGCCGUCAGCGAGGACAUGCUGGAGGUUUUCACUCUCUCUGAUCAGGACUCUACCCUGAGGUGCACCGCCAAACAAACACCCGGGGUGCAGUACAGCUCCGUGAGGUGGUACAAGGCUGGAAGUGACUCGUCUCAUCAGCGCAAUGGUCUUCUGGCCAGAAGCCUCCCAAAUGGCACCACCAGAUGGUACAAAGACGUGACCAGGAAGGUGGAGCUGCAGGAUGAAUCCCUUGACCUCGUCCUGCCCAACGUGACGUGCAGCGACGGUGGAGUGUACCUGUGUUUUCUGGCUGCACCUGUGGGCCAGCAGAACCAGGAGGGGAAAGUUCUGCUCACACUGCCAGAUUGUCCUGCUGAAGCCACAGAAUCUCCCAUCGGACCUGAAACAACUUUGCUGACAGAUAAACUCAUGGUUAUUUUUGCCUCCGUGCUGCUGGUGCUCGCACUUCUCAUUUCCUUCUUGAGCUAUAAAUGUUUGAAGAAUACAGUCAAGGACAGAAAUCAGGUAGCCAAGAAAGAAAUCUUGCUGAACGCGCCGCUCAAGCCGCUGGAAAAGAAGGACUUGAUGCUGAUUUACACUUUGGGUCCCAAAAUGUCCAAGUUGCAGCACAUUUGUGUCUGAAGACUGUCUGAGAAAGACGUGACAAAAUCCGCCUCCUCCGAGGCAGCAAAAAUUCAGCAAGAAAGAAAGAGCUAUGGAGGGACGAUCAAGUCAAAGUGUCUGCUGGGUCCAGGACACGGGUCAGGACUUUGAUCGUCCAGAAUGCUUGGGCUGCUCCACUUCAGACCAGAAAGACGCACAGCAAGCUGUUGUUGCUUGGACGCUCCAUGCCUCAAUUAAAAAAAAACAAUAUAAAUGCACUAUUAGCCGCUUCAUACGCAGGACGUUUCAUGGCUAACAUCUAUUCGCUGGUGGAAACUCUGUUUUUGUCAGACUGCUGUUCUUACUGUGGUGUUUAUGCUCCAAAACUGGUGCUGAUCAUUUCAUCCUUUCACCAUUUCAUACCUUUAAAAAUAUAACUUUUUUUCAACCAUUCACCCAGGGAACAAUUCAUCCCAGUUUUGAUGGCUAGUGACUUCAAUCUAUUUUAUUUUAUAUUCAACUAAUAUACUUUACAGUAAAGAAAUGUAGUAUUAUUACUCUAGUAAUUAAUAUCAAUCCAAUUAAAUAAUUUGUGAGAUUGGAGCAUUUUUAUCACAAUUUGUCCCCAUAAUUUAAGAAAAUAAGUUACUAGAGUAAAAGAAAAGAUCGAUUUACUGCAGCUUAACGACAUGCAAACAAGACGGUUUGCUUAAAGGUAUGAAAUGGAAAAACAAAGGGUAGAAAUGAUAACGUUUAGGUUUGACAGGGGGAGUUAAUGUAGAGUAAACAGUCUUUCUUUAUUUUACUUUAAAGAUAUUCAUUUUGUGAAAAUGUUUAAUUGAAAUUAUGCUAAACAAAGAAAAAAAAAGUUAAACACUAGUUGACAAAUAUAUGCUGUUUAUUGUUGUGAGAUUACAGUGUAUAUUGGUAAAAGCUGCUACUGAGCCAUUCCAGAACUCAGAACUUGAUACCCUGAGUUCUAGUUUUAUGUUCUCAUACUGUGUGUGUGCAAAGGUGUGAAAGGUACAUUAUUUAUUAAAACUGGAUCUGAUUACAGUGUGUUUCAGGCUUUAGUGUUCAUGGUCUUCUUCCAGUUUGUGGAUUGUUUUGUUGGUGCAGAUGGGAAAAGCAUGAAACUGUGUAUGAGGGGGCGAACCAGACUAACCUUUUAAAUGCAGAACUGAAAAGUGAUGACAUAUAGAAACGCCCACAUUGUGUACAGAUUUAACUCUGGGGAAAGUUUUGGAUGUUGGUCUCUUAGUUCUGGAUUUCUCACGGGUUUGAAACUUUGAAAGCUAUUGCCCUGGUUUAACCUUGCAUGUUUUUGUACUUUGCCGAAGAAAUAAUGAAAUGUUUGCUAUUGCUAAUAGAAAGUCCAGUUAGGAAAGUAAAGUUUUAGCAGAGGAACCUAAUAUGUCAUGUAAUCAAUACGUAAAUGGGAAAAUCCAUCAUGAGCCUUUUUAAUCUUUCCGCUUGCUUCUUCAAACCAGAAAUGGAAAAAGGAAGUGAGAACACGCUGUUGAAGCUAAUACUGUGACGUAGAAUCUCUUACACAUGUCAUGUGCACUAGCACUUUUUAUUAUGUUUUAAUGGCUUUUUGGAAAUUACAUUAAAAUUGAAAUAAAAACUUCAAGCUAA